GUCCGCCUUCAAACUCAACCAAAAGUUGGACCUGGAGAAACUCCACUUUUUACUGGAACAUUCGACUGUGCAAGAAAAACUAUUUCCAAGGAGGUGAAACUUACAAUCUUCUGCUUUAAGUUACUAAUAUAUAACUUAAGUUUAUAAAAAAAAGAUUAUGUAUGCAGAUGGCAAGCAUGGUACCAUAAAAUCAUGUAAAUACAUCGACAUCGUGCUUAACCUGUCAUGUCAUCUGAAUGUGCAUGUUCUUUAUGUUUAUUUUAGUAAAUGUACCUUUGUCUUUAGGCAUGUAGAGUUUUACAAAGGGAAUAUUUUAAUUUCUUAGGGAUUUGUCGGACUGUACAAAGGCAUGGCUACACCUAUUGUUGGAGUUACUCCACUUUAUGCGUUUUGUUUUCUGGGAUUUUCUGUCGGAAAGAAACUUCAACAAAAACAUCCUGAUGAAGAAAUGAGGUACUAACAUUGUGUAUCAAUAUUUUAAAAUCAAAGAUUAAAUCAACUUUGAAUUCAUACUCUCCUCUUAGUGAAAUUCAACCGAAGCAAUUAGUUUAAAUGCCAUGCGCAUCAAGUACAGCUGGUGAACCUCUCCUUACAGACGCCUCUGUAUUAUAUGGACAGUUUCCUAUGUCCAGACAAAAUUCUCACAUUUUUUCUCCAAAAGAAACUCUUUAAUAUGGAACCUCAAUACGGAUGACAGACAUUGAAUAUUGUUGUCAGAGGGCAAAUAAAUAUUGUUUUAUGGCUAAAUGCUUAAUGCCAGAUGUGAUUGGCUGAUUUUGAUCAUGUGAGUAUAGGUUUAGACAAAUGCAAAGUAUCCCGCCGGGCAAGUUUUUUUCAUUAUCCCAUACAAUACAGUAGAUAUUUACUAAUUUAAAUAUGUCAGUGGAGUCUUUUAAAAGAGGUCAUCGUGAUGACUUGGACCCUCUAAUAAGGACACUGUUAUACGCUCUGCCCCCUGGGAAAAAUAGCUGCAUCCUCUUUCGUUUCACCAGCAUUUUACUUAUAAAUUAGACACUGUAAAAAAAUUUAAUUUACGAUGUGUUUUAGUAAUCUACAGAUGUUUAAUGCCGGUAUGGUAGCUGGUGUUUUUACAACUGGUAUUAUGACUCCUGGAGAAAGAAUAAAAUGUCUAUUACAGGUUUGUACGGCAUAUUAUCCUACACAUACGCGAAUGCGCCUAUACGAGGGUGUUCACCAAGUCAAGAUCGCCCCAGUUAUAGGUGCUCCCCUCUCCUUCAGAAUUAACACUAAAAACUGAAUUAAAACACUAAAAUAGCAAAAAAGAAGAUGUAUUUAUAUAUGGGUCGAGGAAGUGAGUUACUGCGGUGGUAACCAACCCUCGACAAAAUACUGUAAAUUUUACAAUAUAGUUCAUGUUUGUGUAGAUUCAACAAGCAUCAGCUGGGAAAGCGAAGUAUAAUGGUCCUCUAGAUUGUGCAAAGAAAAUCUUUAAGGAAAGUGGAAUAAGAGGGCUGUAUAAAGGCACAUGCGCCACAUUACUAAGAG